AUGGACCCUGCCGAUAGAGAACAUACGGCGUUCAUCACCGAUCACGGUUUGUACUGUUACAAUGUCAUGCCCUUUGGCCUGAAGAACGCGGGGGCAACUUAUCAACGGCUCGUCAACCGGAUUUUCGCCAAAUACAUCGGCGGCAUCAUGGAAGUGUAUGUCGAUGACAUGUUGGUGAAAAGCCGAACGGCAGGGGAGCAUCUGGAAAACCUGGCCCUCAUGUUCGGUAUUCUAAAGGACUACCGAAUGCGGCUGAACCCAGCGAAGACGCAGAAGGACAUUCAGAGCCUUACCGGACAUGUCGCUGCCCUGACACGCUUCAUCUCCAAGGGUACCGACAAAUGCGUACCGUUCUUCAAAGCUUUGAAUGGGGGCAAACAUCAUAUCGCAUGGACUCCCGAAUGCGACCAGACAUUUCAAAACUUGAAGAACUACAUGAGCCAGGCACCACUAUUAUCAAAACCGAUCCCAGGAGAGGUACUACUCCUAUACCUUUCGGUAUCCAACAUUGCCGUUAGCUCAGUGUUAAUACGGAAGCCAGAGAACGCGGAGCUUCGGUACCCACCCUUGGAGCAGCUAGCACUGGCCCUGGUCGUCUCGGCGCGAAGACUUCGCCCUUACUUCCAGGUGCACGAAAUCACAGUUCUGACGAACCAGCCUCUUCGGCAGGUACUCCAGAAGCCGGAAACAUCGGGACGAUUGGUCAAAUGGGCAAUCGAAUUGGGGGAGUUUGACAUACAGUUCAAGCCGAGGCCUGCGGAAAAAGGUCAGGCCGUCGCCGACUUCAUCUCCGAGCUCACACCUCUUGCGCUAUCGGAACCAUCAUCACCGAACGCCAUCCCUACUGCACCGGAGAAAAUGGAUACCGAACGUUUCGACACUUCCGUUCCUCUCUGGAUCCUGCAUGUGGACGGCUCGGCAAACCAGCAAGGCUGUGAUGCCGGCUUGGUGUUAACCACUCCGGACGGUAGCAAAAUCAAGUAUGCCCUUCGACUCAACUUCCGGACCUCCAAUAACGAGGCAGAAUAUGAGGCCCUCCUGGUCGGCCUUCGGCUAGCCAAGAGCAUGAGCGCGAGGCAGAUCAGCAUUCAUAGUGACUCCCAGCUCAUAGUGAAUCAGAUAACGGCAGACUUCGCAGCGAAGGAUGCCUCCAUGUCAGCCUACCUAUCGGCAGCUCACCAACUACUACGAAAAUUCCAGGCCUACGAGAUACGGCAGAUCCCCAGAUCGGAAAACAGCCACGCCGACGCACUCUCACGAUUGGCUUCGGCAAUAAAUGACAAGGUCGGAAGGAAGGUACCGGUGGAGAUAUUAUCCCAACUGAGCACAACCGCGGCUGAUGUGUGUACCGUCCGGUAUGAAGACACAUGGAUGUCUCCAAUCUAUGCCUUCCUAACGACUGGAACCCUUCCUACCGAUAAGUCCCAAGCUCGGAAACUCCGUUACCGAUCGGCAAGAUACACAGUCAUCAACGACGUUCUGUACAAGCGAGGCUACACAACGCCGUAUUUAAAGUGCCUGACCAAGGAGCAGGGGGACUACAUCCUUCGGGAGGUCCACAGUGGAAUCUGCGGUGACCGCUCUAGAUCCCGAUCGCUCGCACACAAGGUCUUCCGACAGGGGUAUUUCUGGCCGACUCUGCACCAGGAUGCGAACACAUUAGUUAGGAGGUGUGACAAAUGCCAGCGAUUCGGUAGUGUCCCUCAUAUUCCUGCCGAGCCGCUGUCACCGAUCGUGAGCCCGUGGCCGUUCGCCCAAUGGGGAUUAGAUCUAAUUGGUCCAAUGCCAGAGGGCAAGGGUUAG